AUGGUGAGAUCAUAUGCCUCCAGUCCCUUAAUACUAGACACCUACGAUUAUACCUAUUUAAGACCUGAAAUGUAUAAUCCACUUUAUUACCCCUUAGGUGUUACAUGGAAAUAUGUUUUAAGUUCCAAAUCAACAGGCUGUUUUGGCUCUUCAAAAAAAUAUACUGUAGUUCCUGCAGCUUAUCAUUAUCCUUCUUACUAUUAUGUUUACUAUUAUCCUUGCGAGGUUUCCAAGUCUUCUUCAAGUGAUAAUGCAGUAAAAACAGAUAAAAAAAAAGAAAAGGAAGUAAAAGACAAUGAAACAAAGGAAGAAGAAGCAAAAGAAGAAACAGAAAAAGUAUCAAAAAAGGAAGUAGCAAAAAGAGAGUAUGUAUAUAUAGAUAGGGGAAAAUGGAUAAGAAUAUAUGUGGAAGCACCAGAGCCAUAUUACUUUGCAAGUAGCCUUUAUGUUCCGUAUACUUAUUUUUUUCCUUAA